UGGCAGCAAAUGCUUUUGCUUCUGCACAACUCUGAAUUCUCUGAAACUUGUGCUUCUGACCAAUUAGUUCAGUAGAGGAGGAGGAGGAGGAGGAGGAAUGGGGUUUAGCUGGGGAUGGCUGUGUGGACGGCGGAAAGGGCCCUCAGGCUUUGGUGCGGCGUCCACCGCCGAGGAGGUCACCGUCGGCGUCGACGCCAGCCGCCUUACGGUCGUCGUCACAGGUGCAACAAAUGGCAUAGGAAAGGAGACAGCCAGAGUUCUUGCACUAAGGGGAGCAGAGGUGAUCUUACCAACAAGGACACUGGAGAGUGGCAUGAAGGUCAAAGAAAGCCUUGCAGAGCAAGUUCCUAGCUCAAAGCUCCAUGUCAUGGAAAUGGAUCUUAGCUCCCUUGACUCCGUCCGCAGCUUCGCAAAGUCGUUUAACUCGUCUUAUAGGCAUCUGAACGUCCUCAUAAACAAUGCAGGGGUAAUGGCAUGCCCUUUUGGGCUAUCAAAAGAUGGGAUUGAGCUUCAGUUCGCAACGAAUCAUGUUGGGCAUUUCUUGCUGACAAAUCUCCUCCUCGACAAGAUGAAAGCCACGGCUAAAGAGACUGGUUUGCAAGGCAGGAUAAUAAAUGUAUCUUCCAUUACGCAUCGAGGAAGCGAUGGUUCAUGCUUUGAUCUAGAUAAGCUAAACGACAAGUCGAAGUACCGUCCAUUCAAGGCAUAUGCGCAUUCUAAAUUAGCGAACAUUCUCCAUGCAAAUGAGCUAUCCAGGCGUUUUCAGGAAGAAGGAUGCAAUCUGACUGCAAAUUCCCUGCAUCCUGGGGUAAUCCCCACCAACCUUCUUCGCCACAUCCUGACGAAUGGUGUGAUCAUAUCAAUCUUGUCAGUGAUGAAACCUUUUCUCAAGAGCAUACCUCAGGGAGCUGCGACGAAUUGUUAUCUAGCAUUGCAUCCUGGCGUGAAGGACGUGUCCGGCAAAUACUUCGACAACUGCAACGAAGCUACACCGACGGCUGUCGCAAGAGAUGCAGAGCUAGCAAAGAAGCUGUGGGAGUUCAGUGAAGAGCUAACUAGUGGCGAGCACAAGCUGAAGGGAAAUGUAACUACUUGAAGUCGGCAACUACAUUUGGAAUGAGAGAUGAGGAGCCCAGCCGCGGAUCCAUAAUUUAGACAUGGGAGAGGCCGAAAAGUCUUUAAAAUGGGCAUACUUCGCUAUUAUCUGCUACCACCGUUUCAAUCUAGAUUCAUAAUAGUAGGAUAUGUCAUAUCCAGAAUUAGGAUUCAAUAUUUUGGAACGUAUGGAGUGAUUAAUUAGAUGGUCUCUGCCAACCAUUAUACUAUAUAUAGCACAACUGUUCUAAGUUGUUACCCAAUGUCAUCCGAGACGACGAUUGUACCCUGUAUUUGUUUUUCCCCUAAUAUUAGGCGUGAGGUUUGAAGCUUUAAGCAGCGAUAUUUGCUUUUCUUUUUUGAAGAGGAUAAGCGUCCUAAAAAGAUACAUAAGUUUUUGGGAAGGUUCAUACACUAGUCUAGUCUACUUAUCAAUAUUUUUAUACAAUGUAUGAUGUACAGACUUUUCUAGAAAAUUGUAUGUCCCUUUUGUUUAUUGGGAUG